AUGGGGCCCUGCGGCUUAUACUUCAAGAACUACUUCUACAACCACCGCUCUGGGCGCUGCGAGCAGUUCGUGUAUGGAGGCUGUGAUGGGAACCUAAACAACUUCGAAAGCGAGGCAGCAUGCCAGCACUUCUGUGGGGACCCGGAUGACAGCGCCCAGCCCACUGCCUCCUCCACUCCCGGCCCUGCCAAGAGGAAAGCCACAGUCUGGGGGCGGCCCAAAUACUGCUUCCUGGAUGCGGACAAGGGGCCCUGCCGUUUCUACUUCAAGAACUACUUCUACAACCACCGCUCCGGGCGCUGCGAGGAGUUCGUGUAUGGAGGCUGCCAGGGGAACCUAAACAACUUCCAAAGCGAGGCCGAAUGCCAGCGCUUCUGUGGGGACCCGGAUGACAGCGCCCAGCCCACUGCCUCCUCCACUCCCGGCCGUGCCAAGAGGAAUGCCUUAGUCCGGG